AUGUCAUCACGUCGCCCUUCCCAGUCUGGCCAGCGCCGACCCACCACUCCUGUCCCUGGACAUCGUCGCAGUCUUGAUGUUUAUGGUGAAGACCCGGUCUCCCCGACGCAGACUAAUGCUCCGGCCCAGCCAGUCCGCGUCGAGCGACGGCCAAGCAUCAGUUCGUACCAGGCUGUUGUGGAAGAUGUGGCUAACCAAUUGGACAGGUUCUCGAUGCACCCACAGUCGGUGCCAUCUCAUAUGUCGGGGGCUCUGGAGCCCAACACCUCUCGCCGUGGUUCGAGAAGUCAGGGCCAUCGCCCACAGCUUUCUGAUCCGUUUCGGUCGGGAACGGCAGAGCUUUCUCGCAGAAAUGCAAUUCGUCGCCCUUCUGAAUCUCGACCUGCCGCUCCUGGCCAGGGCGCCGUUGCACCCUUGCGCCUGGCUGGCAGGUCACAGAGCCGCGGACCUCAGUCCUCAGGCAAUGCGGCGAUGAUGCCUCGGGAUCCCCGCCGCGACGCUCACAAUCCAGCGAGCUUUCGGUCAAGGGCUGCCGACACGGGCUACCCGCCCGUCGACAUCCGUGGCCCUCAUGCCCCUGAUCGUCCCCUUCCGUCAUCUCGAUCACACUCUCGUCCUCGACCGCCGCCUUUGGAUUUAUCUCGGACGCGACGCGGCGCCCAGAGCCAUGGCGUGACCGUUGUUCGUGGUCCCCCUUCUGCUGGACAAGACUCACGAAGCAACUCUCAAUCUGGAUCUGUUACACGUGAACGCUCAUCGCGCGGCACUUCUGGCUCACGACGACCAGCUCAUUACACUCCAGAGACGCCGACGGGUCCGAGCGACUGGCAGAGGCUGGUGCAGAUCCUUGACAUGCUCCCCGAGCCGUCCCGGUCGCAGGCAACCAGUGCUGCCCUGCAACUGAUGCUACCGCAAAGGGGCCCCUCCGAGUACGUCAACGUCUGGGAUGCAUUCAGCGAACUCAUAGAGAAGUCAUCGCUCAACGAGGAGCUGAAGUACAACGCAAACUUUUUCGCGCAUCGCAUCACUAUGCCUGCCGAUAUGCCUACGGGGUAUCGCAACGCAACGGACGCGCUCGGUUCAGCCUCAUCGAGAAGCUCGUCGUCGGCCACCUCAGGUCACGUUUCGCCCAGGUACGGCCCAGGAUCACGCCCACCGACCUCGUCGUCUCGUUUUCGUGAGCACCUAGAUAGUCCGACUUCCUCCCCAGGCUCUCCGUCAGAUGGGCCUCGCGGCCGUCGUAGCCGCCGUCCAAGCUUGAGGGGUGUCGUGGAUGCAGUUGGGGGCAUGUUCCGAGCACUGAGCCAGUCACAAACACGAGGCAACUCCGGGACCAGCUCGAGGCGACGAGAGUCGCGAGACCGGACACAAUCUCAUCAUCGGCAUCGAUAA